AUGAAGGUGGCCACAUUGAGCUUUUUGGUCACUGCCAUCGCGGCGGCAACACUACCAAGCUACCGGUUUGUCGGAAGAGUGAAUCCUGCAACUAAGCAGCUCACCUGGCCGAGCACUGGAGUCGCCUUUACCUUCAAGGGCACUUCAGCAAGUAUCAACAUUGAUGGUAUAUCGGGUACCUCAAGUGCAGACCUAAUUAUCGACGGUGGAAAUCCCAUACUUAUCAGCAAUGUCAACAGCAACUCCAUCGCCACACCAAAGCUCUCAUCGGGUACUCACACCGUCGAGCUACGCAAGCGAUCUGAGGCCUCGUUUGGCGUGUUCCGUGUCACUGGUGUCACGACAGAUGGAACCCUUGUCGAGAACGUAGCUCCCAAGCGCAAGGUCGAGAUCAUUGGGGACUCCAUCUCCGUUGGAUAUGGCCUUGACGGCGUCAACCCCUGCACUGACUCCGCUGUGCUGCAAAAUAACGGCAAGACAUACGGCGCUGUGGCAGCUCGAUCUUUGAAGGCAGAUUACAGCGUCGUUGCAUGGAGUGGCAAGGGUCUUACACGUAACUACGCCUCUGACCCUCCUGACACGUCACCCGUGUUGCCUCUUCUGUAUACUCGCUACGGUGCCAAUGAUGCUGACGGUAGCUUCACAUUCCCUCAGUCGUGGGUACCUGAUGCUGUGGUGAUCAACCUUGGAACAAACGACUUUAGCUACCUCAAUGUGCGCAGUCCAGUCAAAGCAGCAGAUCUUACCAAAGCCUUGGUCUCUCUUGUAAAGAGUAUUAACUCGCACUACUCCAAGGCGCAGUUCUUCUUCGUGUCUUCGCCUCUGCUGAGUGAUUACUACCCCACGCAGGCAGAUGCGCAGCACACCACGCAUGUCAAGGCACUCAAUGAUGCGAUAAAGCAACUGAGCGGUAUCAAGACUCAUCUGGUGGACUGGCCUACUCAAGGUUCGGAUUCGGGCUGCGACUAUCAUCCCAACGCUGCUACCCAGGCUCAGGGUGGUGCCCUACUUGCGGCGUCUAUCAAGUCAGCUCUGGGAUGGUAG